AUGGCUUCCCCUGAGAGUUCUGUUAACAAAGACACACAAAACAAAUCUGCUUUUUUAAAUUCCAUUGGCACUUUUCAAUUCAUCUUUACUUUAGUUGUGACAACACGUGCCUUUGAUUUUACUUUACCUGUUACUCGGUUACUGCAAUCAAAAACUAUUGAUAUCUUAGACGGUUUGCACCUUAUUACAGCUCUUAAAAAUACAUUUAUUUCCAUCAGAAACGAUAUAGAUAGUUUUCAUAAUAACUGCUAUGAAGCAGCAUGUUUGCUUUCAAGUAAAGCUGAAAUUUUUGUUUUAAAACCAACAACCUGUUCUAUUCAAAAAAUUCGUUCUAAUGUUCCAUCAGAGUCUGUUUCAGAAUACUUCAAAAGAGCUGUUACUAUCCCUCUUAUAGAUCAUGUAUCUACAUCUAUAUCUACAAGAUUUAAAUCAGAAACUGUAGCUGCAUAUAAAGGGUUAUCAAUUAUUCCAUUUAAUAUUAUUUCUUUUCAAAAAGACCCAAAAACCAAAUUGUGUUGGAGGAAGCAGUUUGAAACAUUCUGUGAUUUUUAUAUAGAUGAUUUCCCUAAUAUCAGUGCCUUAAAUGGGGAACUAGUUUUUUGGGAAAAAUAUAGGGAAAGUUUCUCUGGAACUAUUCCUGACAAUAUAUCUUCAACUCUUAAAUCGAUAUCAUUUCCUGGAUUUAAAAAUAUUAAGAUAGCUUUAAGGAUACUUAGGACACUUCCUGUUACUUCAUGUGAGUGUGAGAGGAGUUUUUCUGUUAUGCGUUGGUUAAAAGACCAUACGAGAACAACAAUGUCAGAAGAUCGACUUAACGGUUUGGCAUUAAUGUAUAUCCAUCAAGAAAUUGUUCCUUGUAUUGAUAAUGUUAUCAAUAGAUUUUCUAUAAAAAAUAGACGACUUGAUUUCAAUUAUUAG